UACUCACUUAUAAGUUAUAUCUUUUAUAUUUACAUGAAUGAUAAUAAAUGUUAAAUAAAAGUUAAAUUAAGUAUGCUUGCUGACAUUCAGGUGCAUAAUUUGCUCAACUAUUUGAAGAAUAAGUAGGGUUAUCCUACUUGCCACGGUGUCGGUGUAACACCAUGGUUAAGUUUUUUGUACCAGUCAACAUUUUGACAAAGUCUUUUGAGAUAAAGCUUUGAGACUUUCAACACUUGUGUACCAUCACCAUGUCAGUUUUAGGCAAGAGUACAUAAUUCCAUCAAGGAUUUUGGCUGAAUUAUGGCCCCUUUUAACAUACAAAUCUCGGUUAAAUUUUUCAGGUCACAUUUUGUGUAAUGUUUGACAUAUGGCUUUGAAACUGUUAUCACUUGGUAAUUAUAACAGUCUCUAUCUGUAGGCAAGAGUAUAUAACUCUUGUCAACUAUUCUGGCUGAAUUAUGGCCCUGUUUGGACUUGGAAAUUGGUACAAUUUUUGUACAAGUCAAUGUUUUGUCAAAACUAUUUGAUAUGUGGCUUUGAAACUUUGAACAAUUAUUUAUCAUCAUGAUUUCCAUCAGUAGGCAAGAGUACAUCACUCUGUCAACUUUUUUGGCUAAAUUAUGGCCUCUUUUUGGACUUCGAAAUUAGUUUAAGUUUUCGUAAAAGUCCACUUUUUGUCAAAACUAUUUGACAUGUGCCUUUGUAACUUUGAACACUUGCUUAUCAUCAUGAUUUCCCUCUCUAGGAAAGAGUACAUAACUCUGUCAACUAUUUUGGCUGCAUUAUGGCCCUUUUCGGACUUGGAAAUCAGAUAAGAUAAGUCCAUACUUUGCCUAACCUGUUUGUCAUUAAAAACUCAAAUCAGAAUUAUGGGAAUUGUUUCUCCUGGUGAAGACUGAUAGUGAAUAACUGUUUUAAGUUUCAAGUCAAAAGAUUUGAUAGUAACAGAGAUAUUUGACUUUAUCAAAAACUUCAACAAAAAAAUCUAAGUUAAAAAGGGGCAUAACUCUAUUAGUUUUGAUAAAUAAGUGGCUGUCGGGGAGUCUUUGGAGCGGUUGUUAGCUAAAUGUAGCUGGACCAAAAUGCUUGUGACCAAGGUUCAGUUCAUGGUUGCAGCUGAUAUCCUGCCAAGUGUUCAAUGUGCUUGCUGAUUACUUGAAUAAGUACUGUUUCCAGUAGUAGAAAGUUGACUAGCAACCUGAAUUAUUACCCAACACCUUGUAGAAAUUGCUGGUCAAUAGCUAGCUAUAUGACAGAUCUAUAUUCAGCAUUUAUUGAGCUAAUAUGUCAAAAAUUUAAAAAUAUUAUUUCAGAUGUCAUGUAAUAAAACAUUUAAUGAAGGCUCGCCAGUCAAUAGUGAAAACUAUUUAUUGGCAAGCCAUUUAAUAAAUGUAUAAAUGAUGCUUGAAACGUAAAUAUUACACUUGCCAUGUGCUUUGCUGGGAUAAGUUGUUCCAUCCAAUCCGAACGGGAAUUUGUCAACUACUAAUAUUGAGUAAAUGUUGCCUUGGGAGCAUGAAUAAAUGUAGCUUUGCGAGAAUGAAAUAAAAAUUGUCUUUGGAACAUGAAUAAAAGUUUUGACUUGGGGAGUAUAGAUAAAUGUUGCCUCGGGAGCAUGAAGAAAUGUUGCUUUGUGUCAGAGCAUGAAUUAGGAGUAUGAACAAAUGUUGCCUUAAGAGUAUGAACAAAUGUUGCCUUAAGAGUAUGAACAAAUGUUGUCCUAGGAGUAUGAACAAAUGUUGCCUUGUGAGUAUGAACAAAUGUUGCCCUAAGAGUAUGAACAAAUGUUGCCUUGGGAGUAUGAACAAAUGUUGCCUUGUGAGUAUGAACAAAUGUUGCCCUAGGAGUAUGAACAAAUGUUGCCCUAGGUGUAUGAACAAAUGUUGCCCUAGGAGUAUGAACAAAUGUUGCCCUAAGAGAAUGAACAAAUGUUGCCCUAAGAGUAUGAACAAAUGUUGCCCUAGGAGUAUGAACAAAUGUUGCCUUGGGAGUAUGAACAAAUGUUGCCCUAGGAGUAUGAACAAAUGUUGCCCUAGGAGUAUGAACAAAUGUUGCCUUGGGAGUAUGAACAAAUGUUGCCUUGUGAGUAUGAACAAAUGUUGCCCUAAGAGUAUGAACAAAUGUUGCCUUUGGAGUAUGAACAAAUGUUGCCCUAAGAGUAUGAACAAAUGUUGCCUUAGGAGUAUGAACAAAUGUUGCCUUGGGAGUAUGAACAAAUGUUGCCCUAAGAGUAUGAACAAAUGUUGCCCUGAGAGCAUGAACCGAUUUUGCCUUGGAAACAUGAACAAAUGUUUCCUUUGAGCCAUGAAUAAAUGUUGCCUUUGAAGCAUAAAUAAAUGUUGCCUUUUGAGCAUAAACAAAUGUUGCUUUUGGAUUAUGAACAAAUGUUGCUUUUUGGGCAUUAAUAAAUGGCAACUUGCCUUGGGAGUAUGAAUAAAUGUUACCUUGGGAGCAGAGUCUUUGGAGCAUAGAUAAAUUUUGCUUGUAGAGUAUGAAUAAAUGGUGCCUCAGGAGCAGCAAUAAAUGUUGUCCUGGUAGCAUGAACAAAUGUUUCCUUGAGAGCAUGAAUAAAUGUUCACGUGGUAGCAUGAAGAUUUGUUGCAGUGGUAGCAUGAAAGAAAUGCUGCCUCGGGAGCAUGAAUUAAUGUUAUCUUUUUAACAUGAAUGAAUUUUGCCUUAGGAGUAUGAAUAAAUGUUGUCUCAGGAGCAUUAAUAAAUGUUUCAAAAGUAUAUCAUUAUCAGUAUUAGGUACUUCAUUAGUAUGUAUGAUACAGUUAUUGAAUUAUGUUGAGGUCAAUAUGUGUUUUACGGACCUGUAGACGCAGUCCGAGGUCAGUAUCAUUUUUGCAGGUCCGUAAAAACACAUAUUGACCGAAACCUAAGUCUAUAAUUGUUAUAUUAUAUGCCCUUCUCAAAUGCACUCAUUUAACAUAAGUCUAUAAUUGUUAUAUUAUAUGCCCUUCUUAAAUGCACUCAUUUGACUGGCCCAUAUUUCAUACAUAUAAGAAAAGUGAUAUCACAAGAGUCAUUAUCACUUUUGCGGGUCAAUAUCGCUUUUUGCGGACCCGCACAUGCACCCCUUUCGACCAACAAAAAGAGCACAUUUGAGAAGAGUAUAUAAUAUUAUGAAAUAAAUAUUUUUCCACACAGAAAAUAUUUUAGUUGUUGAUGUUUUGUU